AUGAAAAAAAAUAGUGCUAUCAUAUUAAAUCUGGGUCUGCACUACGUGCACACCAUAAACUUCACCACAUACAUGAGGCUUAUUGACAACACAAUCCGAUUGUUAACGGAAAAGUUUAAUACGGAUAAGAUAGCCUGGUGGUUUAGAGGCAAACUUAUUUGGAAAACAACGACUGCUAUAAAUAAAGAAAAAUAUGGAGAUCCUCGCACCAAUGCAAGGCAUUCUACCAGCAUUAGAUUUUUAACCUAUCAGGUGAGGCUGUGACAAUUAACAAAUAUUGAGUUGUUGUUAACUGUAAAUGUAUUCAAGCCUCCCCAGUAAAGGCAAUAAAGGAUCAGAUGCAAGCGGGGGGAUAAUCCCAUAAAUUUCGGCUAGGUGUGUGCCAAGGUCUUAAUGGAAAUACACAAACUUUCAUAAUACUCGCUUUCAUAAUACCAACUGCCGAUUUGCUUCUCGGGUAACUGGCUAUUUACGCAUUUGAAUUUUAGCCCAUACAAUUUUAGUACCCCAUCCAAGGAUCAAACUGGGAACACAAUGCAUGUUUAACUGAUCAGAAAGCUUCCCCGCUCCUUAAGAUAUGAGGCUUCUUUAUACAUGUAUUAAGAUUUUAUUUCAAGCAGUUUUUGCCAUUUUAAAUGUUAUAUUUUAAGCUUUUUGUAUUUUUAACUGUCGAUGUUUUAAGUGUUUGAUAUAAUCAGUGUUAGAAUUCUUACAAUACUGUUUUACUUUUUAGAUGCUUUUUAUAGUGUAAUGAGGGCCAAGAAUUUAUCAGUGAUUUAUUAACUACUCUCAAGUGUCACCCUCCAUAAAUAAAGCCUUUACUUACUUAUUUACUUGCUUACUUGCUCACUUACUUACUUAAUAAUUACUUGCUUACUUACUCACUUAUUUACUUAUUCAAAAGCCACUGAAUAUAGUUUGCUACUAUAGCUUACACAAGACCUCGGGGAAGGGAAAUGUUUCUGAUUAUAAUCAACUGAUGCUGUUUUUCACCUUCCCUUGCAGCGUGUGCUCUUGUUUAACGCCUAUGCCACGCACGCCAUGUGCAAAGCAAGGAUCGACGUGCUAGACGUAUUUCCCAUCAGCGACGCAUAUCCGGGAGGGACUGGGCUUCCUAAAAAGCCGUACGAUGCAGUGCAUUUCAAGGCUCAUGUGUUUCAGCCAGUGGUGAAUGUGCUUCAAAGAUAUUUCAGAAACCAUUAG